GCCCGCCCCUUCCGGCUUCUCACGGUGGGACGUGAGGUGCUCAAGUAGGGGCGGUCGGAGCAGGAGCUGUGAGGACCAUGUUGCAGCCGAACAUCUUACUUACGGGUACACCAGGGGUUGGAAAAACCACACUAGGCAAAGAACUUGCAUCAAGAUCAGGACUGAAAUACAUUAAUGUGGGUGAUUUAGCUAAAGAAGGACAGUUAUAUGAUGGCUAUGAUGAAGAGUAUGAUUGUCCCAUUUUAGAUGAAGAUAGAGUCGUUGAUGAGUUAGAAAACCAAAUGAAAGAAGGUGGCGUGAUUGUUGAUUACCAUGGUUGUGACUUCUUCCCUGAACGCUGGUUUCAUAUCAUUUUUGUGCUGAGAACAGAUAACAGCAUACUAUACAAAAGACUUGAAACAAGGGGUUAUAAUGAAAAGAAACUACAAGACAAUAUUCAGUGUGAAAUUUUUCAAGUUCUUUAUGAAGAAGCCAGAGCCUCCUACAAUGAAGAAAUAGUACAUCAGUUGGUUAGCAAUAAUCCAGAAGAUCUAGAGAGUAAUAUAAACCAGAUACUGAAAUGGAUUGAACAGUGGAUGAAAAAUCAUAGCUGUUGACUUUCAAGAUUGGUCAGAUGACAGUCACUCCUAAUGAUCUCUCUGCCCACAUCAUAGAAAUUGUCCGAGUAUCAGUAAAACUUUUCUAUUAACAUUGUGUUGCAGGACUAGUAUGUGGGUACUAUAAAAGGUUUAUACCUAGGCUUUUAUUUUCUCUAUGAGAAAGCUAAACAAUCUCAAAUAUAAAGAAUGUAACAUUAUUAAGGAUUGAAAGUUAAAACUCAUUGUUCAAUGCUUCAACUAUUAAAGGAUGAAUAAAUCUGAACAAGUGGGAGGAUAUCUGUUAAAUUUACAAAAGAACAUGAAGAUGAUCUCUUAAAAUCAAACAGCUUAAG